GAGGGCCCCCAGAGGGAGCUGUUGGUCCUGGGCAGAGAGCGACAGGUCCUGAUUCUACAGAUGGAGGCCCUGCACACUGAGGCCUCGGAGGCCGAGAGAGACCUGGAGACACAGUACCACAGACACCAGCAUGAGCUGCACUCUCUUAGGGAGGAGAGUCUGCAGGUGUUCCGGGUCUUCCGCCGGGUGAGUGAGGAGCAGAGGAGGGUGUCAGAGGGCAGGUACAGGACUCUCCUGCUGGAGGCCAUACAGGAUGCAGUCUACCUGUCCUCUCAGAACCAACAGCUACAGGCAGACAACAAACAGCUCCGCAAAGGUGAGUUACACACCUGGAUAACACUUGUAUAA